AUGGCCCAUAUCUCACCAGGCCUUUGUGUUAACAAGUCAGUUUUGGAUAUUGCAGAAUUAGCAUUGCAUAUCGCCAAUCAAGAAUUGUCUCAUUGCAAUUUAAAAGAUAAUUCUGAUGAAGAUCUUUCGUCUAACUUACUUGUCCCAUUUUUUGUGGUCGAGUACAAGAAGGACAUAUCGACUCCUAAGUAUAAAGGAGCAAAUCAGCUGCAGAUACAUAGUGCUGCAAUGUCCAAGUUCCUCUCACGUCUGGGCAUGACCGACCUGCCAGUGUUCAAAUUGCUCACAGAUGGCACAGUCGGCAUCGUCACAUGCGCAUUUACUCUCCUCAUUACACAUAUCAUGGACUGCAAUCUGUUCACAUUCAACAUCUCAAAGCCCAAGGAUGCACUCAUCUUUGCCGUGUUUCUAUUCAGGCUGUCGCAUGGCCACGUACCAAAGCUUGUUGAAGCUCUCAAAGUUCCUUGUGACGGCAUUCGCUAUUGCAGCCACAAGCUCCUCAAGUGGACGCAGACUGCCCAGAACCCUAGACCGGCUACUACUCUUGAUCCAGUACUUGAGAUGGAGGAUAUUGUGUAG